AUGGUUGCGCUACUCCCUGUUCUGGCCCUGGCCACUUUUGCCGCUGCUGUUCCUCUCGAAGUCGCCCUCAAUGUUGGCACUGAUGAUUCUCGCAAAUGCGGAGGUAAAUACGCAGAGACCAGCCUCUCUGGAAAAGGAGUCAUCGUCGACGCCUCGGGAAAGACAGAGAACAGCUUCCCGACUUUCAACCAGGCGGUUGCUGCCCUGACGAACACCACGGAGGAGCAGACGAUCUUUGUCUACCCCGGCAACUACUCUGAGCAGAUUCGCAUUCCCAACCAUGCCGGUCCCAUCACGAUCCAGGGUUACACCUGCGACGGCCGCUCCUACGCAGCCAACCAAGCCACCUUGACCGGCAACCUCUCCCGCCAGAUUGCCAACCUCACCAGCAACGACCAGACCGCCACCCUCCGCCUCUGGUCCGACAACAUGAAGAUCUACAACCUCAACAUCGAGAACACCUUCGGCCAGGCUGACAAGCUCGGCCAAGCUCUCGCCGUCAGCGCGCAGGCUACCAACCUCGGAUUCUACGCCUGCAAGCUCACCGGCUACCAAGACACCAUCUACGCCAACGAGGGCCGCCAGAUCUACGCCAAGUCCUUCAUCGAGGGCGCCGUCGACUUCGUCUUCGGUCUGAGGGCCAUCGCCUGGUUCGAGAAGUGCGACAUCAACACCAUCGGCAAGGGAUACAUCACCGCCAACGGCCGCGACGCCGACAACAACACCUCCUUCUACGUCUUCAACAAGGCCAACGUCACCGGCACCAGCGGGCCCGCGUCCGUCACUCUGGGUCGUCCAUGGAGGACGUUCGCCAGGGUUGUCUUCCAGGACAGCGAGUUGGGCGAUGUGGUCAAGCCCGAGGGAUGGUCCACCUGGGACAAGACCUCCCCGACGGAUAACAUCUACUUCAAGGAGUACAACAACGUUGGCCCCGGCGCUGCCGGUCCCAGAGCCAACUUCAGCUCAACUAUUGACAAGCCGGUCAAGGCUGAUGACCUGUUCGGCAAGGACUUCAAGAAGGAGUGGUGGGUUGACUCUGAGUUUUUGUGA